ACCCCCUGGUUCAUAGGUCGACGCUCAACCCCUGAGCCACGCUGGCUGGACGAAUGUCUUUGUUGAAAUGUCUUUUUAAACCAUGUUUCCCCGUUUUUUUUUUUGUUUUUUUUUUUCACAUUGGGUGGUUUGUUUUUAUUCUCGAGUCCUGAGAGUCCUUUGUAGAUUCUGGGUCCAAGUCCUUUAUCAGACGUAUGUUGUGUAAAUAUUUUCCUGGGAGACUUUGCCUGCCGUCUAUCCUGUGACUCUGGGACGAGCUGGCGCCUCCUGAACCCUGUGGAGGCGCCAGCAGAAGCCUCGGCUCCACCCCUCCCUCACGCUGGCCACCAGGGUUUUCUCCCACCCCAGACCCCUUCUACUCUGGAGCAUUGCUAAUUCCAGCCCUCCCCGGGGACCCGGGGCAUCUGGGUGGGGUGCCCCAGGCCACAUGCUGCUCCUGGCACGGUGUCCCUGGGUGCUGGGUCUGCAUGGACACGAGAGGUCACCUGCAGAGGCCUUGGCACCCCAAGCCCCCACCAGUCGGCAGUGCCGCCCUGGCGACACUCCCGCCCAAAUACUUAUGCAACCGGUGAUAAGGCGACUCAGAGACCAUAAUCCAUCCUGAGUGACAGACAGCUCAGCCCCACCCUCCCGCGUGCUUGCUGGAGGCCUAGUUGGUGGCUGUGUGGGGGUAGGGGUGGGGGCAGAGGAGGUCUGGAGUGAGGGGCGCCCAGGCCUUUGAUGUCACCUCUGUCACAGCUGCCCUGGCACAGGCUCUGCCUCUGGACAAGGUCCAAAGGCCGGGCCAGUGGUGACUUCACUACGGUGUGGGGAGCAGAGGGAGCGAGGACUGGGGGGGACCCAGGCCCGGAGUGGGGGCCGCUGGCUAGAGCAAACCUGAGCCUGACUGACUGCUCCCCGCAGCACCCCCAAGGGUCCUGGGUCCCCUGCCCCAGCCACACCGGAGGUGGACGGAGGUGCUGAGGACCCGAGUCUCUGCUCGGGCCCCCAGGACUGCCCGGCAGGUCAGGGGGCAAAACCCCAGCUUGGAGGAGUCAGGUGAGAGCCCAGCUUCCUGGAGCCGUCCAGGAAAUGACCCCCGGAGCCUGUGGGGACACUUGAGUGAUUGUGCCCAACAAUGGACAAAGGAGGCUGGGGUUUCCGGAGCCUGGACGCCCUCCACCGCCCAGCCUGCUGAUCUGGUGAGCCCGCUGAAACCUAUAAAGCCGGGCCCGCUGGCGCUCAGACACAGUCAGGGGCCAAAGACAGGCAUGGGGAUGCAGUCCGUCCUGCUGGGCCGGGUUCUGGUGCUGCUCUGGGCGUCCACGGCUUGGGCUGAUGUCCUGGUGCAGCCAGAUUUUGAUGCCAAGAAGUUCUCAGGCCUCUGGUACGUGGUCGCCAUAGCCUCCGACUGCAAGGUCUUCCUGGGCAAGAAGGACCACCUGCUGAUGUCCACCACGGCCGUCACCGCCGGGGCUGGGGGCAACCUCAACGUCCACAUGGAGUUCCCUUGGGGUGACCGCUGCAACCGCAAGGACGCCGAGUUCCUCAAGGUGGGCACCGAGGGACACUUCAGAGUCCCAGACUUGGGCUACCUGGACGUGCGCAUCGAGGAAACGGACUACAGCUCCUUCGCCGUGGUCUACAUCUACAAGGAGCUGGAGGGGGCGCGCAGCACCAUGGUGCAGCUCUACAGCCGAACCCAGGAAGCGAGUCCCCAGGCCCUGAAGGCCUUCCGGGACUUCUACCCGACCGUGGAGCUCCCGGACGACAUGACGGUCAUGCUGCCGAAGUCAGAUGCGUGCUCCUCGGGGGGCGAGGAGGCACCCUGACAGCUCUGGGGAUUCACCUGGACCCUUCCCAGGCGGAGGACAGGGGCAAGCCGGAGCAGCAGGCCUCGCUCGGCACCUCAAGUCUUCCAGACCCCGGCCCUCCCUUUACUCCAGGCCUUGCCCACCCCCUCCUGCUCACCCCCAUCCCCAGUGCCUCCCCUUCCGCUCAAUAAACUGAUUCUACAGGC